GUGGAAGGAGAGUUUAAAAAGAGCGCUUGGGAUUCCCGAGGGUCCAGAACCAGAACCACAGCUACAAACAGACACUCCGUGAACAGAAGACAGAGGUUUGACAUGAGACUGUGUGAGCUGCAGUGUUAUUUGGCCCUGUUGGGUCUGUCCCUUAUGCUAUGUGGUCGCAGUGCAAAUUCUCAGUUAGAACCGGACCUGGACUUCCGCCAUCGCAGACUUAUGCAGAGAGCAAGAGCGAUUGGAGAGGCUACACAGGACUGGACUAAGAAAGAUGUAGAGGAGUUCCUUUCCCUGCUUUCCAUGCCUGAAAUGGAGAUGCGAGAGACUGACGUUUCAACGGCAGGUGAAAACAAGGACCUGCGCGUGGAAAUAGAACGUUCAGCAGAAAGCUCAAACCACCUGCCCGCUCGGGAACGCAAAGCAGGAUGCAAAAACUUCUACUGGAAAGGCUUCACUUCAUGCUGAGGCCCUCACUUGAAAAUGCCAAUAAACACCUUCUCGAAUCUAUUGCCAAGCUAACUGCUAAGUUAAUUGGUUCUGUCAGUCAAUCGAUUGAUUGUAAGUUAAUAAAAUUCUAAAUAAAGAAUAAAAAUAAAAGA